AUGUUGGUUGUACUAACUGUACUGAUGAUCUCAGCUAUGGUUACAGUCUCAGACACGUCAAGUGACGUCAUGCCAGGCGUCACGGUUACCAUGGGACCGGAGGGUCUGAAAGGGGAGAAGAGAGUCCUUGCUGACGGGCUGGCUACACAGGAGGAGUGUGACAUGCUGCUCGACUUGUUUCAGGUUGGGGCAAACGCAUAUUUCCAAGGAAUCCAUAUAUUCUCCGACUUCGAGGCCGUUCAUGGCAUGGAGGCUAAUGAGGCAGCCCAGCUGGCCCAGCAGGGGGUCGUUCCGGUUGACUCUGCCGACAAGUUCCUGACUCUGAGCGAAAAGGCGCGGCAGUUCACGCAUGCGUACUUCGGCCUGGAACAGGAGCUGUACAUCCAGUUCACGCAUCUCGUCUGCAGGACGGCCGAGCCUUACUCUACAGACGACAGGAAGGAUCUGAGCCAUAAGAUCCACGCAGACAGCUGUGAGCUGAAUUUCACAGACUGGACCUGCAAACCGUACCCCCCUCAUUCCGGGCCCCUUCACAAGAGGGACUAUAGUUCCAUCCUGUUUCUGAAUGACGAGUUCAAAGGAGGAAAGUUUUUCUUCUCUGACAGAAACCUGACUGCCGAGGCGACCGUGCAGCCGAGGUGCGGCCGGCUGGUGGCGUUUUCCUCAGGGCCAGAGAACCCGCAUGGCGUGCAGGCGGUACUCCAGGGGCGGCGGUGUGCCCUGGCCAUGUGGUACACACUGGACAAACAACACGACGAGCGGAUUCGUCACGAGGCCAGGACUAUAGUGGACUCCUUGCGGGAGUCGGCGGAACUGCAGGAGCAAGAAGACCAGAAGAAAGAACUAUAG